AUGAUCUUUGUCCUCCUUGUCCAGCUGAGCAACGAGAUGCAGCUGAGCAUUAUGAUGAAGGUGAAGAGUGGGGAGCUGACCAUCGAGGAUGCCCUGAACCAGGCCAGGAGAGACAACCAAGAGCAGCUGAAGCAAAGCCUGGCCAUGGAGGUAUUGAAGCCUGGUACCAGAUCUGUUUGUGCCAUCUUGCCAAGGCCCAGUAGUACAAUACCUCCACAACCUGGUCCCAGAUCUGUUUGUGUCGUCUUGCCAACUUCUAUGGUCAUGUCACUCAUUGGCCUUACAGUGAGUUUUCACCAACAAUUAAUUCAGCAGGAGAAGUUCUGCCCCCAUUCAUUUUCAAUGAGGGCACGCAGAGAAAUGUGCAGGGGAAUGUGGGAAGGUGAGCGGCUAGAAUCCUGCUAGCGGAGCGGUAGAAAAAGUUGAGCUCUGCUCUACUUUAUGCAAAUUUCAAGUGAAGGAAAGCAUUAGAGCGAAGCGCCGCCUCUGGUCAAAACCCUACGUUAGGAGUUGACAUGACAGCACAAAGAAAUCUGGGACCAGGCUAGAGGUAAAGGUAUUGUACUACUCGGCCUUGAAAUCAGCACAGGAAACCAUGGCAACAACAAAGCCUGGGUUAACCUUGGACGGUCUUUGCACACACAUAAUAGAUUUUAUCGAAACACGACACGGUACAUGUUGUGCAUCUUAUUCUGUCAUUCACUAUCAACUUCGAAGUUACGCUGUUCUUCUGUUCUGUUCUUGCAUCAUUGUCAUUGGUGUAUUGGUCUCCAUUGCAGGAACAGCAAGCUUCCCAGUACAACUUCAGUGUUUACAAGUACAACCGCUACAGAUGGCAGAAGCGCAUUCUUCAGGUGAGUCAGAUAUGGGGCAUCUUUUGACAUUGAGUUAAGUGUUAUCACAACUGGUAUUACAACGUCUAGAAACUGUUGUGAUAACCGCUUCCAUAUGAUGAAAGCCUGUAGUGUGCUGGUAGAGAUACCCUGUCAUGCAUCAUUGAGUAAAAGCAGUGAAAAUCUCAGAAUAAUGUGGAUCUCCAUACUAUAUGUUUAGAUUGACUUCAACACUAAGAUGGUGUGCAGCAUAGAGAAAGGCAUCGUAAAGCGUCAGCUGCCCUUCCUGUGUGUUAAGAGCUGCGAUGACAGAGUUGGAGCCAAGUUCUCCAUAUCUUUCAGAGGAAGACAUGACUAUGAGCUAGAGGCCACCUCACUGGAGGACAAACACAUGGUAAGAGAGUCGUCCCUGCCACUAAACAGCCUGGUUUGUGUAGAGCCAUAGCAGAUGUGAGAUAGGUCAAUCUCUGGUGCUACUUCCCUUGAUCGGUUAAUAGGAUGCCACUCAGCUUCAUGACAUAAAGAUUGAAGACAUUUUAAGGAAUAGUUAUUUUCAAUUAAGACUUACGAUUUUUGAUUGAGGCUUUUUGACACAUGUUGUGUAGAUGAUGCAGCUUGUAAACAAGAUAAUCUACAGAAACGUCUACAGCCCUCCAGUAGACUACAGUGAGCACCAAAGAGCACCAAAGAGCCUCAUGGAGGGCCUGUUGUUCCUGCAGAGAGGAGGCUUGACAUCAUUUAAAUGGGUGAAGUAUGUGUGUGAUCUGUACUACACUACUCUACUAGUACCACUACCACUACCACUACCACUACUACUACUACAACACUAGUACUGUACUAUGACUACUGCAUAAUGCUUUUACAAAGUUUGGAAGAGUCUUGCAUUGACUAUGAGUCAUUUACUAUCUACAUGAUUAUGUUAUUUACACUUAUGUUCUUAGGUACGAGGCUCGCCUUCACCCUGGCCAGCUGACCCUGCUCCCCAUCAGCCGACGGGCGGUAGAUGCAGAUGGGGGCACGGUCACCUCAUCGUCCUUGCCAGUUGUCAUUCAUUUUUCAGACGGGGACAACAGCUUAGAGAAGCCACACAGCUGUGACACCUUCACUCUACUGACACACAAUAAUGAGUACCAGUGAGUAACCAUGAAAAACCCAUUCAGAGGCAUGGGGGAGGCAGGUGUUUGGGACAGUUUUUUAGGAGAAGACAGUUUCUUAGGAAAUUAUGUAACUAUUUUUGCAGUCGUUUUUGUAAAUGAAGCCUUUCCCAAUGUCAGUUCAUCUACAUAUUUAAAUUAAAUUCAUCAGUGAUGUGCAACAGAAUCAUUUGUCAGAAUAGAGUUUAUGUCUGAAGAGUUGAGCAUUGCUGCUGCUCUCUGAUUCGUCUCAUGACUGCAUGCCUUGUAUACACUCCAUAAAUACUCCUAUUUGACAACAUCCAAUGUCAUAAAUCUAGAUGGAAAAUGUUUUCCCAGUGAUAGUCAUUGUUUGCUCAGAUACCCAAGAGAGGAAGUUAAGACAAGUCAUACUGAUGUAUUGCAGGUUCCGGGUACCUGUGACAGACCAUUCUAAGAGCACAGAAGCCAUCCAGAGGGAGAGGGAUGCCUGGGUCCAGGCCAUAGAUAAGCUGUGCCUGGACUGGAAACGCAAGUCUCAGUCUGAGCAUAUCUAUGAGGAUCCUAGUGUUAUAGAUCUAAGAAUCUAUGACAAUGUCAAAGACAUUGUAGAGGAGAGCAAAUCCACAGGCAGAGAAGGCCUCAGAGUAUCUGAUCUGUGCUUAGGUGCAGCAGAUCAGCUAUCAGGGGGAGGGAAGGUGCUGAGUAUUCCUACGACCUCGCCAGCAAAACCUGUCCCGAAAUCUCGCAGCCCUGUAAAGUCACCAGUGAAUGUCCCUGUCCCUAGUCCUGUCCCUGGUUCUGUAAUUGUCCCUGUGCCUGUCCCUGGUCCUGUCUCUGUACCCAUCACCCCUGUGAUCCCAGCACCCUGCUUCAUCCCCAUGCCUCCUCCAUUGACCUUUAAUAAACCCAAUAGAAAACCCUUAACAGGGCGAACCAGGGCUUUUCACUGGGAGGAAGUUGGUUCAGAUAAGGUACUACUACAGAUGUAUUUGUUUAUCCCUCUUUAUUACACUACAUUUGUAAGCAUGUAAUAUAAUCAUGCACAUUGACAAUGUUAUAUGAUAUUGCAUUAUGUUAUAUUAUGGUAUAUUACCUCAUAUUACACUACACUAGAGUCUGAUUCAUUUUACGUUUUUGUCAUGCUCAUCUGAUAGUUUGUAAUGAUAAAUAAGGAAGUACAUAAGUUCCACUUCAUAAUUUCCGUAAACACUAUAGGGAAUUAUUCGCUGCAGUGUCUGUCUGCGUCACUGUGCUUUCCCAGAGCGUUGCAUUUCAUAGAGAAUACAGCUUGUCUUUGUGGUGAUUAUGAUUGGUCUCUCGGCAGAUAGAGAAAUCAUUCUGGACAUGGGGAAAUCCUGGGGAGAUUGAAAUUGACACUUCACGCUUGUACGAGCAAUUUGCAGUUCAAGAUUUGGGAACGUUCGGUGGGAUCACCGAGCACAGCAAUAACCUCCACAUCAUGCUCAACACGAAGGUGGCGCACAACUUUAGUAAGUAG